AUGCCAUCUACCGCUCAUAAGAUACUUUAUGUGGACGACUUUCUGGGGUCCGCAAGAAGCGUCGACGAAGGCGUCACGGAAGCAUCUGCCGUAAGAAAAGCUCUGGCUGGGGCCGACAUUCACUUUCAAGAUUGGAUCUUCAAUUCAGCCGAAUUUGUGGCAGCCAUGCAGGAAGGAAAGAAGCCACUUCCGGAAAUCUCCAGUCUUUCCGCGGACAGUGAAAGCACGAAAGUGCUCGGUGCAGUUUGGAGUACCACCCGCGACGCUCUAGGAUUCCGGAUAAAUAGCCCGACGGAUGGAGAAUACACCCGCCUCAGUUUGACCAGCAAGGUCGCCGGAAUCUUUGACCCUCUUGGGUUAGCAGAUCCUAUCAUCAUAAAGGCAAAGGUCCACCUUUGCAAAUUGGUCGUCAAGGGGCUUAAGUGGUCCGACCCAGUGGAAGUAGCCGAUCGAGCGUGGUGGGAGUCGUGGUUCCAGAUCGUGCAAAAAUUUGCCCACGUAUCCAUUGAACGCUGUUUAUUUCCGGAAGAAGAUGAUAUCGUCAAGUCUCAGCUUCACACGUUUGGAAAUGCUUCGGAGGAGGCCUACGCCACGGUGGUGUACGUCCGUAACCAGUACCGCUGCCGUUAAAUCAUUGUCAGAAU